CUUUCCUGUCUCAGGAGCUUCUGGGGAGAAGUUGGCCAGGCCCUUAACUGCUUCUGGCUACUAUUAGCUGCUGGCUUGGUCUCAAAGCUUUUGGAGUAAAUUGGCCACACCCCUUCCUGCUUUGGGCAGCUGCUGCUCCUGUUUGCUACCCCCUCCCUGGGGGGGGUCCUCUGCUGCACGCUGCUGCCCCCCUCAGAGAGGGGCCCACUGCACUGCACUGCACCCCAGCUUCUGCACCCCUGUUCUGGCCUGCUGCCCAGCCCUCUGUCAAGCCGUGGUUGGGGGACAGCCUGGGGAGGGGGCCUGUGGGCCCCUCCCCUACCAUCACUGCCAGAGCCUAGAGGAACCUUGCCUGCCCAGCUGCCUUGGCAGGACACCCCCACCUUCACCUCCACUUUCACCAGGAGCACACCCUGAGUGACUGAACUGAAUGGCUCCUACCAUCACUGCUGCUGCUGCCCCCUCUCAGAAAGAGGGAGAUUCCCUGCUGCACCACCUGACACCACACCUGCCCUGGAUCACGUCCUACUUGACUGACUGCUUCUACCCUCCCCAACAGCUACCUCACUGCGUCUGAUCCUGAUUUGUCUUCCUGCCUAUUCCUCUGCUGCUGAGUGACUGGCUGGAGGCCUGAGGGGCUACUGGACAGAUCUUCCACAAACAAACCCCCUCCACUGCUCCAGCCAUCUUUUACACCUGCCUCAGCAGCCUUCCAUGUGUGUGUUUUGCCCUUGUGUGGUUCCCUGGGGAUCAUGCUGAACGUGCUGCUGCUGUGCUGGGGGUUGCUACAGGGAAUCCAGGCCGUCCUCACCUCUGACCUCAACAGCAACCACCUGCAGGAGAUGAGCUCCAGUGUGAAUGGGGGAGGCAGAUCUGGUUACACGAGCCUUCUGCACAAAGUCAAGGAGGCACCUGUAGAGCGUUCAGGAACUUUACCCAGGCUUGAGUUUGACAGGAUGGAUGUGGAGCUCCAUACUGCUGAUGAGGAUCUUGUACAGAAAGACACUGUACUGGAGCCACAGGUGUUGUCUGCAGUACUGGAAGCUCAGGACCGUGAGGAGCGCUCUCCCCGCAGAUGUGUCCGCCUGCUGGAAUCCUGCCUUGGGCAUCAGCUGCCCUGCUGUGAUCCAUGUGCCACCUGCUACUGCCGCUUCUUCAAUGCCUUCUGCUACUGCAGGAAAAUCAGUGCCAAUUUCCCCUGUGGCAAGAACUAGCUUUGGCUCUGGAGGGAUUUCUUUCCCCUCCACCUUCUUUCUUUCACCCCUUGGGUUAAUAACUGGCGUGUCCAUGUGUGCCUCUAUGUUUUUUAGUUCCAAUAAAACAACUAUUAGCAAAUUUAUCAUUA